AUGGCUUACAAAGUACUAACACGAGGCCACAGACACCUCAAUCUUGCCCGUUCCGCCACUCUGAAGCCAUCCGGAAUUAACCACGGGGAUAUGGGGGGCGAAAAAAAGGGAAAUAUUAAUGCCAUGGCUUGCUCGAAAAGCUCGGGAUCGCCCGGCUCGGCUUGUGCCAAGAUGACCCGAGCCUGCUUAUUUAAGGCUUGCGAUUUGAUACUAUUGGUGCUCAAGAGCCACUCAGUGAACAAGAAGCAGCGCCACGUUCAACCUAAAGUGGAAAGGGGAAGUCACUCAAUUUUCGCAGAAAUCCAAUUCAGUAGCACAAUUGGCUAUCUUUGGAACGGCGGUGAUGGCAUCGGAGUUCGCAGCGAGAGAUGGGCUGCUUAUCGCCCACCCCUGCCACUGAUAAGCGAUGCAGAUCUGAUAUGUUCUCAACACAUUGACCAGUCGCAUCUUAUGGCUAUUGCCACUCCACCGUCAUCGGCAGCCGGCGGAAGAGGCAAGCAGAUUGCAUCAACAGAGAACAUCUUCAUCUGA